GGACUCGGCUGGCUUUAAGCAGAAAUUAUGGCCGUUGCGAUGCAGACGGAGGAUUUUCCUUACUUACCUUCGGGGCUGGCUGAGGUAAAUAAGAUGAUAAAGGAGCACGGUGACCUGUUUUCUGACUCUCAGUGUAAAAUCUGCAGCGCUGUCCUCAAUUCUGAGUCCCAGAAGUUGACUCACUAUCAGAGCAAGAAACAUGCCAACAAAGUGCGCCGUUAUCUUUCCAUCCAAAACGAUAAGGAGCCUGCGCUGAAAAUAUUCAAGUCGUCAGCAUCUGACAGUCAGGAAUGUAACAAUGGAGACACAGAGCGAUCGAAGGUGUGUCACGUGUGUAACAUGACCUUCUCCUCUCCGGUGGAGGCCGAGUCGCACUACAACGGCAAACUCCACACCAAGAACCUGAGGCUGAAAACCAUCGGCCCCCGGCACCCAGUCCCCUCCCAAACACCAGUAACAGUCCAGCCGAAGAAAAAGCCUGCAGAAGAUCCGAGCAGUGUGCCGGCGACGGGCGUCAACAACAACAAUAACAACAACAACGACCCAGACCGUUUCUGCUCCAUCUGCCAUGCGUGCUUCAACAACCCGCUCAUGGCCCAGCAGCACUACGUCGGCAAGAAGCACCGGAAACAGAUGACCAAGCUGAAGCUGAUGGAGACGUACGGACCCUCCACCGCACCAGCUUCCACGCUAAAGGGCUACCCGUGCACCGUGUGCAGCAUCGAACUGAACUCUGUGGCGCAGUACCAGUCUCACAUCAGUGGAGCCAAACAUAACAACCAAGUGAAGAAGUCAGGCGUGAACCCUGCAGAGAACCAAGAGCCAGCAGAACCAUCGUUUGACGGCGACGUCCAGUACAACGACGGAGAGAACCCGUUCAACGCGUUUGCCGUGGAGGACACCCAGUACACUCCGGAGGACACGGAGUACUCAGAGGAGUGCCAGUUCACUUGAGUUCGGCUGGUAGAGACGGCAGAGGACUCAGUCAGGACUUGAUGACACACAACAACCAGCCCCUUUAACACAUUAACAUCAACCUCUAUGGACUCUCUUCCAGAUUCUCAUCUCGGUAGGUUUUUACCCAGGCCCUGGAAAAUGGUACUUUAUCAUUUUGGGUUCUUCUCUAAUCAAACAAAGCUUUUGAUGUGUGGACAGGUGAGAGGGUGGUGAGCAGCUAAACCCUUCAGCAUGUGAUCGUCGGUCCGGCAGCAGGCAUUUGUACCCAGAACCUCGAUAAGGAUUGUCUUCUUCUGUACACUAGGGCUUGUAUCCUGUGCAACUUCAGAAAUACAUGUUUCUUUCUACAGUUAUCCUUAUUGAUUUAAAAAAACAUGUUUUCAAGUGUAAAAAAUGUAUAUCAAGAAACUACAGGAACAAAACACACUCUUAAAACAUACAAUAUUGCGAUUUAAAUGACUUAAUAUUGUAAGAAAAUGAAACUGAAAGUCUUUCAAUUCCACUUCAUGAUACUCUGUGACAAAGAGGAUAAAACAAAUAAAUUUGAAGGGUGAAACCCAGCCUUAGUGAACAUAUUAUGGAUGUCCCGAUCGAAUUGAUUAUUAAAGAUUGGAUAUUUUCAGUACUUAUAUUUACUUAAAUGUUGAUUGAAUGAUAUAAUUAUAAUCUGACACUAUAAAAUACCAUUUGUAGACUUCUACUGUAGGCCAUUUUCUCAAAACUGAUAUUAUUUAAAUGAAAGUAUAACAGGAGACUUGAAAUGGAAAUGAUUGGAUUGUUAUUGGCUUUUCUCCCGCCAAUAUCCAUUAGUUUUAAAUAACAAGUAGGAAUGAAUUUAUAGGAUCAGUUUGGGAGAUCUGUUAUGAGGAAAGUCCUUACUAACAUUUAACCAGUACUAACAACGAGUAGCAGAGCCACAUGUAAGCAUUGAUUCAAAGCUGCGUACCACUUCCUGUUUGUUAAUCUCCUUUUCUUCUGAAUAGAGUUGGUUUGCAUCUCCAGUGAAUGUAUUUAUUCAAACACCUUCCUCCUCUGCUCACUGUAAGUUUGAUUAUUCCUGAAGCAGGUUUUGAAGACAUUGGAAAAGUGAAAGUAUAUUCAAACGUUUGCACGGCACGAUGAGUCACUGUAGCCAGUCGAGAUACUUGUUAAAAACUGAUAUUUGUUGAGCUGUAUUUUGUUUAUUUUGAGGUUCAAAUCCAAAAUAAGUUCUCGUUGACAUGUUGCUGCCUGUUCUGUGUAAACCAUCGAGUACCAGAUUGUAAAUUCACCAGAUUUUCUUUUUCUUUUUAUGGACAAAGUUGGUAUUUCCGCCCAAAACGUCCGUAUUGUUUACCUGUUCUUGUUGGCUGCGUUUUUACAGGAAACAGACAAACUUCUCAACUUGAUUAAGAUAUAUUUUGAUUUCCCUGUCAUGCGUUGAAUACCUUGCUUAACAAAGUAUUUUUUUAUCCUACAGGACACUAUGAAUAAUAUCAUGAGAAUGUAAAUGUGUAUAGGAAGGUCAUCAUUAAUGCUGCUAAAAGGCUUGUGUUUCACUCCUCGGUGUUUUCCUCUACUGCUUCAAACCUACCAGUACAAGAAUGUACGCCUUUUGUAGAGGUUGAUGUCAUUUUAUAAAGUUUUCGUUUAAAGGAGUAGAGAAAUUAAAGGGACUUUGUUGAAAAGCAUGAAUUAACCCCCUUUUUAAAAUGCAGUGGAUCUCUGAAAGCUGUGAGCUCAAAUAUAUAAACCUUUUUGUACCGUUGGUUUACUGAAGCGUGAAAGACUUUUAGAUACUUUCCGAUGGGCUCUGUAAUUACUGUCAAUAGCAGAGGUUACAAUAUUUACUUCAGAUUUUCAAGAGUGAUGUCAAAAUAGGAAGUGAUGUCAAAAUAGGAAUGCAAUUUGUUCUCCUCGGAUGAUCGGUUGAAUAUUUUAGUAUUGAAUGUCUUGGAGAGAAAUCUGUUUGGAUGUAUUUUCUUCGGGUCAUGCAUACUGUAUAGUAGCUACAUGGUGUUUAAAAGAAAAUUGGCCUUUUUCUGUUUUCCCGUCAUUGUUUGUGUUGUUAAAUGUUUUGUGGUCAAACAUUUGAUUUCAAUAUCAGUUGUGUAUAACUGAGGCGACAAAUGCAGCAAAGAUGUGCAUAAAGUAAAGAAAUGUUUUAAGAGA